AGGCCUAUGUGUAUUUUGUGUCUAGCGACCAGAUAGCCCUGUUCUAAAUAUCAUUGUUUUCUAAAAAUAAACAAUUUUUGUUCUCUUCACAAUUAAUCAAUUAUUUUUCUUUAAAAAAAUUAAAGGAAAUAGCUUUAUUACUAGCAUGAGUCAGUGGCAACUAAAUUAAAAGUUAGACGUCAAACAUGAAAACAGAAUUUUGAACUUCUAAAGAGUGCGAAUUGUACUUUUUUUUGCGAUAGGGUUUUGCCAAUUUCUUGUCAAACUCCUUCCCUAUGCCUUUGGCCGGAUAUAAUAGCAAACCCCUUGCGGAUUACUAGAGCGAGCCAACCGCGUCAUCUAGUGCUAUACAUACAUCGGGGUCGCCUGUACUUUUCGAUUUUUGCACACGUUACGCUUCAUCAAUUGCCUGCCUCUUAAUUGGUCACGUGCUACAAAGUAUUUAGUCAGGUAUUGGUCGGUUCAUGGAUUGCAGUUUGGACGAGUAUCAUCUCCUUUUGUUUUGAUGGGUUUAUUUUUUCCUGGCGAUCUAAGGACCGCCCUGAUUUCUCCAUUGAGAAAAAUUCUUCCCUCAGCGGUUCUGUUGGCAUGGAAAGAGACUAGCCUAUAUAAUGUAGCCAAGACCGAUCGUUCUGUUUAUUGUUGGAGGUGUUUACCCUGCAGUAACGAAUUGCUCUGAGAUGUGUAAAUUUGUUUAGAGUUCCAAGUCUAAAGGGCUUUUUUUUACAAGCGAACCUCCAAAUUAUUCCGGGGAUUGAUUGCAAUUAGCAACGCGAAAAAGAAACUCAUCUUACCAACAGUCUCUUUUCUAUUGAGGAGUAUUUCCCUUCUAUUUUGAAGCAAUUUGCCUAUCGCACCAAAAAGCGAAAAUGUUUUUUGAGAUUUUCCUUUUCGUGACCUGUAUAUGGUUAGUCCGAACAUUAAUUGAGCAAAGACGUAAAGGCGGCCAAAUCAUUCCCCCCUCCCCACCAUCCAUUCCGAUUCUGGGCAACAUCGCGGUGUUCAUGCAGGGCGGACCUCCGUUUCGCAUCCUGAAAAACAUCGGUGACAAAUACGGUAACCUAUUUUCGUUGAAGCUAGGCCCCGGCUUAGCUGUUGUCCUACAUGAUGCUCAGACUAUCCGACAGGCACUGUUAUACCAGGGCAAUGAGUUUGCAGGCCGCCCUCGUAUGUACACAACAUCUCUUUUAUCCAGAAACAACAGCGGAAUCGCAUUUAGCGAAGACUUUUCGCCUGUGUGGCGACUGCACCGUAAAUUGGCCGCCACAGCUGUUCGCCAUAAUAUCUGCGGAAAGAAUUGCCUCCCGAUUGAGUUGAAAAUCCAAACCGAAGUUGAAAACCUUGUUGACAAUCUAUCGAAACAGGCGAACAAAGUGUCCAACAUUAGCAGAGCUUUAAAUCUCACGAUAUUAAAUGUCAUUUGUGAUAUGAUCUUCAAUCGUACUUAUUCGAUAGACGAUCCAGAAUUUUUAGAAAUUGAAGAUUUAAACAAUAAAUUUACACAGGUUUUGCAGCCAGGAGAUCCGGUAGAUGUUAUGCCAUUUCUAAAGGUAAGCUAUUGGUUAUACGGAAUCAUAAGCACGAUGCCGGCUUUUAAUCAUGAUGCCAAUCUCAGCAUUUUAAACAAACAAAAACAAAUUCUUAUUCUAGGAUGCAUGAUUUUGUGCUGUCAUUUUGUUCAUAAGUUGAAAUUAGGCAUAUUUUCCCUUCUUUUCUGUAAUUCCAAUAUUCCAUCUUUUAGCCCUACUAGUGUAAUUAGUGUGAGGGUUCAGCGCAAGAUACAAGACGAAAUGGCGCGAACAAUCGGUAAUAGGCUGCCAACUUGGAAGGAUCACUUAAACCUGCCGUAUUUAGAAGGCGCCGUGUUGGAGGCGUUACGCAGAAGUUCAUUCACGUCACUUGGAGGACCACGAAGAGCAGUCUGCAAUACUAAGUUGGAGGGUUACGAUAUACCGAAGGAUACUAUAAUCUUCUGCAAUAUAUGGUGGGCACAUCACGAUCCAAAAUACUGGGACAAGCCCAAUGAAUUCAAACCAGAACGUUUCAUCAAAGACGGACGAGUGUUUUUACCCAAAGCAUUCCUUCCAUUCUCAAUUGGACGUCGGCAGUGCCUAGGAUCCCUAUUAGCCAGGAUGGAGCUGUUUAUGGUAUUGGGAGGCAUUCUACAAAGAUUCAACAUUCGAAAUCCUACCGGCUUUCCUCAGCCUACACUAGAACCUAUUCCAGAUAUGGUCCUUUGUCCGGAGCCUUAUAAAGUGUGGCUAGAACCGCGAAACAUCCAGGUUUAAAGAAGAUAUUAUGUCACAUAUAGAGUAAUGAUUUAAAUAUUAAAUUUUGAUAAUUAAAUUUUAAUUGUCAUUCUAUACCUAUUAAACAUUGGCCUGGUUCUCACGAGAGCCCUAGUAUCCGGAUCGGAAGCUAACCGUUAGCGCUAACCGUUAGCACCUGCGUGAGAACGCCCGAUCGGUUAGCGCUAACCGUUAGCAGCCUUAUCCGGAUCCUGCUAACCGUUAGCUGCCGUGUGAGAACAUAUCCAUUAUGGUACGACGUAUUCUCUCUACUUAGCAAAUCUUCCAUUGGCCUGAUUCGUUGUAGUGAUAACCAGUGGCGCAUCCAGGAAUUCAAAAUAAAGGGCGGAGGUGGGAGGGGGGGGGGGGGGGGGGGUGUCAUGACGGACUCUGAUAAAUUAACGGUGUAGACAUCUUAGCCCCAACAUUGUUGGGACUGAGGUAAGAAAAUCUAUGAUUGUGACACCUCUAGAUGGCCGGAAAUAGCACUCUCAGACUUCAAAUUUAAAUAUAAUUUUCUUUUUGUCUCAAUUUAAAAAAAAAUUGAAUAACUUGUGGGGGGGGGGGGUGUGGAGAGGAAGGCCCUGUCCCCUUGAAUCCACUACUGAUAAGAAUAGAAGAAUAUACGCCUAAAAACGUAAGUCUGUAGUUAACUUGAUCAUUAUUUCAUAUGCCUAUGGGAGUCUGUUGCACCCGUCUGCAUAAAGAAAAUGUACAUAUAAAACAAAGUGUGUGAAUAAAUAAAUAAAUAUAUAUAAAUAAAGUUCAAAUGUAGCCAAAGUUUUAAAAGCCUAAGAGAACGAACCCUUAAUGGCGUCAUCGUCAACUUUUAAUCCGUAACAAAGCGAAACCAACAAUAUUAAUUUAUAACGAAACAUCAGUUUUUCUAGUUGCGCUAGUCUAGAUCAUCAAUGAAUAUUAUGCCCCAGGGGCGGAUUCAGAAUGUUUUCAAACGGGGGAUGGGGGAACAACAGUUUCAAAAUAGAUAAGUGAUUAGCACAUAAUAUUGAUUUGCAUUGAAAUUCUUAACAUUUAGUGGCAAAACGGGUGGGGGUGGGAGGAACGUGCCCCCCCCCCGUUCCCCCUACUGGAUCCGCCUAUGUGCCCUGUUGCACUGUGGUACGUGUGUGCGAUCAUACGCUUCAAACAGUAAACCGACUGUGGUCGAAAAUCGACUCAUUUAAAAUCGCCUGCGACACAUGUCAGAUUUGUGCAGUUGACAAUGGCUUAUUGAAAAACUCUUAUUGAAAAACUCUACAAAAUCGUCAUAUUACUAAUCAAGUGUAGGUCUUGUGUUCUACCGCUUAUACUUUAUAUAUGACAUUCCCUACGACUAUAGUAUAAAUAACCAGUUAUAUAAUAUUAAUAAUAGUCUUCCGUGCUCAGUGUUAAGGCCUAUCAAUAUCGACUUGUAUUUAACUUGGAUUACACGGUCGUCGGUAGCGUUUGUUUGUUUGUUGUUUUUUUUUUUGUUUUUUUUUUUUUCAAAAGUUUGUUUUAUUAAUUGUAGACAAAUUAUUCGAUCGAAUUUGAUAGGCCUAUAUGUUACAAAGUGCAUCAUGCAGGCAUUAUAGAAAACAAUCCUGAUUUUUCUCUAAUUUGAGGACAGCUGUGUCGAAAUAACGUCAUAUGGUACUCAAACAUGCACUUAAUUCGUUUUUUAAAUAGGCCUAUAAUUUUGUUUUUCUAAUUUCAGGACAUAUUUCUAUUUUAUUUUUAGUUGCGUUAAAAAGAUGUUGGAAUUGUAUAAUCCCUUUUUGUUUUCAUGCAGUAUAAAGCCAUAGAAGAAAAAGGAAUUCGAAGUAAAUAAAAUAUUAUCUAUUUAACGUAAUGUUUUUUAUUGUUAUUGUUAUUAUUAUUAUUAUUAUUAUUAUUAUUAUCAUUAUUAUUAAGGCCUAUUAUUAGGCUUAGGCCUAUUAUUAUUUAAUUGGUAAGAUUGUAAUCAUUAAAUAAUCGGUAUAGGUCGGUGUGGAGAGGUAGAAAUUAUCAACCAUUGUGAAAAAUAUUUUAUUUAUCCAAGAUGUAUUUAGAAUAAGAUUAUUGAAUUUGUACAACUGAAUAAAAUAUUGACGAAGAAUUUCUGAUAAAAA